AUGUGCAGUGUGAGAAGCGAAGCCGUGGGCUGUCGUGUUUUUGUAAAGGCGAGUGAACCAACGUAUUAAAAGUAUCUAGUAGUGUGUUGCGAGUCUCGUGGCAACCAAAAGUGUGUGGUUUGUGUAGUGGAAGUUCCCUCCAUCGGCCGUACAGAGCACCCAGAAAUAAAUGGCCAACAUGGAAAGGAACCCUGGUCUCCCAUUAGACUUGGCCUGGGUGAACUCUGUGCGCGUGAACCUGCCGGCGGUGAAGCGACGGGCCGAGACGCUCGGCACGCGGCGCACCGUCAAGAAGGAGUGGCAGGCGGCCUGGAUGCUGCGGGCCAUCUCCUGCAUCGACCUCACCACGCUGGCUGGUGACGACACGGCGGCGAACGUGGCGCGGCUGUGCCAUAAGGCGGCGCGGCCGGUGCGCGCCGACAUCGUCGAAGCGCUGGGCGUGGCGGGGCUGGGGGUGAGGUGCGGCGCCGUCUGCGUCUACCCCAGCCGCGUGGCGGACGCCGUGGCCACCCUGAAGAAAAUCGGGGCCGGCGACGUUCCCGUGGCGGCGGUGGCCACCGGCUUCCCGAGCGGACAGUUCCCGCUGAAGACGCGGCUGGAGGAGAUCAGGAUGGCGGUGGCCGCCGGCGCCUCCGAGAUCGACAUCGUCAUCAGCCGCGAGAAGGCGCUGGUCGGCGACUGGCAGACGGUGUACGACGAAGUCAAGCUGAUGCGGGACGCGUGCGGCGACGCGCACAUGAAGGCCAUCCUGGCCGUGGGAGAGCUAGCCUCGCUGGUUAACGUAUACAAGGCGUCGCUGGUCUGCAUGAUGGCCGGGGCGGACUUCAUCAAGACGUCGACCGGCAAGGAGUCCGUGAACGCCGUGCUGCCGGUGGGCGUGGUCAUGUGCCGUGCCAUCCGCGAGUACCACGAGCGCACCGGCCACAAGAUCGGCUUCAAGCCAGCGGGCGGCAUUCGAACGGCCAAGGACGGCGUGCUGUGGCUGAUCCUGAUGAAGGAGGAGCUGGGCAACGACUGGUUGAACAGCCAGCUGUUUCGCAUUGGCGCCUCCAGCCUGCUGGGAGACAUCGAGCGGCAGCUCUUCCACCACGCGUUCAACAGAUACGCUGCUGCCUCCGAGCUUCCCAUGGCCUAGCGAACCCCUCCGGCAAUGUCCAGUGGCGUUCUGAGCUUUCCCAGCAGCUGCCGGUGGCCUGCUGUAGAUGCCCAGUAGCCCGAUGUGGAAGCGUAGUCAGGCGCUUUGGCGGGUUCAUAAUAUUGGUGCUUGAAUUAGUAGGGUAAGAUUGAACGGGUCACAGCUACUAACGAUGCUGAUUUGUUUACGUGAGGAUUUGGGGGCUCUGCUGCUGUUGUUACGCUGUUGAAGAUGUGCUCAGGGGAUUUUUGUUUACUCCCAAGCUGAAGAAGGCAGCAUGCCAGGGAGGUCUAGCGCUUGGUAUGUCGUUCAAAGUGAUGACGCAUUCCAUUAGCUCAUUUAUGAUGUGUAUGCUCGUGCAUCUGCUAUGAAAUACAUGGGGUGUGUAAGCCAA